AUGGAUGGAGCUGCCUUCCCUGAGCUGCACAGCAUAGUGGCCGCGUCUGACGACCCCCGCAUCUGGGUCUUUGCGGAGUGGAUUGGGCCCGACUUUGCAGCCAAGACGGAGGAUGGGAUGUGGUCGCCCUACUACCAUGCCCUUUUAUACAACCUGACAGACGAUGCAGUGUUUGCCUGCCCCGAGGACACCACCUGGCUGCUGGUGACCAACGGCGACAACGAGUACGCCGACUCCUUCCUGGCCCGCGCGGCGGCCGAGGCGGCGCGCGGCUCGGCCGAUGUCGUGGCCUUCGACUUCUACUCGCGCUACCAGCGCCCCACCGCGCCGCAGUGCGAUCGCCUGGCCACGCUGCCCGCCCCCGCCCCCGCCUGCAAGCGCAACCGCCUGGCCUGGUGCCACACCGACCUGGGGGCCUACGUGCUGCGGUACGCGCGCUUCCUGCGCGAGCGGCGCGGCUUUGGCGCGGGCGCGCGCGCCGUAGCGGCGCCGGACCUCGGCGCGGAGCAUGCCGACGGCCUGCUGGCGGCAGCGCUGGCGGCCGACGGCUGGGCCGCCGCGCACGUCACAGACGCCUGCCUGUUCAGCCACUCGCCCUCGCCCCAGGCCUGCGCCUGGGGCGGGGGGGUCUGGGACGACCGCGACAUGAUGACGUGGCAGGCCGGGGGCGGGGCGUGCGUGUCGCGCCAGGACCUCGACUGGAUCAUGGAGCACGACCCGGGGGCGGAGGUGGUGGCGGUGGCCCUGUCCUCUGAUGGCGACAUAGCAGGCAGGCGGAGGGGGGGGGAGGAGAGGGGUGGGCGGGUGUGUGGUGUGGGGUUGUGCGGGCGGGGGGCGAGGCGGGCGGGGGGCGAGGUGGCGGGGGUGCUCGCGAGCGACGCCGAUGGGAGGGUGGAAGGGGGCGAAUGCCUGCACGUGAUGGGGCGCCCACCACAUGCAUCGCUCCUGCCAGAGGGCACAAAGAUCAGCAGCUGGGCUUUCUGUGGGGAGGGUCAGGCACACUCCGCGUUCAGGGGCCGCGCAGCACCAUGCCUCUCGUGUGUGCUCCACCGCCGACCAGCCCAGCACGAUGACACCUGUUCCCAAUACCCCAUCCUCUCAUGUGCAGGGUUUGGGAGCGCGGCAGGGACCACAGCAGUCGACGCGGCAGGGCAGCUCACCAUCCAGUGCAUCCGGCGGCGAGACUACCUGAGCGAGGAGGUGUGGGGUGGCGGCCAUGGACUGGGGGCCGAGCAUUACACCCCUGCAGGGUCGCACCCGGUCAUGGUGAAAGGCAGCGGGAUCAAGUCAGGACAAGCAAAGAAGCAGGGCACACGGCAGAGACUCAUCAAUGAAGGGGGAGCGUGA